CACUCACAGUGCCUGGGCGAGAUCUUGGCCGGACUUAGGAUCUGUUACUACUACUGAGCUCCACCUCCGUCCUGGGCCCGCAGACACAUCCAGGGGCCCGGACGCCGGGAACUCAGAGAGCAGCACAUCUCAGGGAUAGUGUUCUACUGGGCCGUUCACUAUGAAACUUGCUUGUCAGCGCUGUAAGCGCAAGAAGAUUAAAUGCGAUAAAGCCGCCCCUGUCUGUCAUCAGUGUGUUAUCGCAAAGACCGAGUGUCAGUAUCUCGAACGACGCCAACGGCCUCGGCUUGCACAGCAGAGAGGCGCGACCACAUCACUGAACCAGCGACUAGAGCUGCUUGAAAAGCAAAUCAGCAAUGUUGGCCACCGUGCUGAGCUUGCACCGCAACGAUCGCGAUCGGUCUCAGCAUCAGUGACUACAUCCACAUCAGAUAAUGCAAACCGUGAUCUUGCUAUCGAUUCACCUCCGACUGCUACAUUUCGGGCAACAGAGAGCGGAGAAGACCUUUGGGUUUACCGUAUGGCCACUGAUACAAAGAAACAACUACAGUCCCAAACCACACCAAUCACUACCCCAACACCACAGAUUGACACCGACAUGUCUGCUCUGAAUGAUGCCUUGGAGGAUCUCGGAAAACUCAAGCUUCGAGCCAAUCUCAUACAAGGAAGGGUCGUCUUAACAAUUCCACUUGAAGAAGCAAAACACUGCCUCGAAUCUUUUAUUGAGAUGAUGAACACGUUGGUAGUACCGGGCGCCUUUACAGCGGCUCUCGACGUGAACCUUCUACGGUCGCUCCCAUACGUCAUCGACUCACCUCACAUCAAGGUCGAUCCAGGGGUCCACGUUAUGUACUUUGCAGCAAUUUACUAUGGUCUCAAUCAAACGCGUGGGCCUGGGGAUACACUGACUCAAACUGCAUAUCUGAAAGCGUUAGAACACGUUCCUGCUUGGUUGGAAGCUCCUACUGGAACAUCUAUGGAUGGAUACACGGCAGCGUUAAGCGCCUGGGUUGCGAUCAAUAAUCUGGACUAUCAGCUUUCAUGGAAGUUCCAUCUGAAAUCUUGUCACUAUCUGAAGAGCAAGGGUAUUGACAAUCUGGAUGCCACUCCAGCUAACUCAAUUAAGGAAGAAGAGGAAAGAGAGCCGCUUAGAUAUCUCUUCUGGCAAGUUCUAUCGACAGAUUGUCUGUUCCGUUUGUUCUGGGGGAGACCCACUGUACUGAGAUGGAAACCGCAGACCGUCAGGCCACCGGCUGUCUUACACCCCAAGCAUAUGCAUCCGCACCCUACUCAGGUCAUGCUCUUAUGCAUCUGGAUAGACUACACAUCUCGAACGAUUGAGCAAAUUAGUUCCAUUGAUAACGCUACGGCUGAAGGUAUCAGUGUCUCUCAUGACGUGGACGAUUGCUGCCGCAAGCUCGAAGUGAUAGUGGCAGACUGGAAGAUGGAGGCGACCAUGAAAGACAUGACUGUUCCAUUCUCGCUUCGUUGCGUUGUCGCCGAUCACAUCAUGAACAUCUCCGCCGUUAUUGUCGGGUUGAAACGACUUGCAAAUCGAGUCGAUAAGAUCAGUGAUGUCGAUGCAAUUACCAUACGUGCGGCACGAACGAUUGUCCGCACUCUGCUGUAUUUUGAUCAGGACGGUAGCGCAAGAGUUCAGAAAAAACCUGGUUCAACAAACUACUUCAUUCACUUUAUGAACUUCUACCCCUUCUGUGCAGUAUUCACGCUCUACGAACACAUUAUGGCUUGCACCAAUCCUGAAGAGUGUGAGGAAGAUGUUCGUCAGCUGGAGCGGGUCGCUGAUGCUAUGGAGCACACCAGCAAGACUAUCCUCUCGGAUCUCAAGCCGUUCACGAAGACCAUCAAGGCGCUCAAUAGAGUGUGUCGGACCAUACAAGAUGAUCGCCGGAACAAAAUGCCCAGCUCUUCAGGAGGACAAUUAGCAGGCUCUGAUGACACGCAGCAACAGUCAACUAAUCUCAAUUUCAACACAGCCAUGCCAGAUCUUGAUCUAUCGGCCUUUGAUACAAUUCCUGACUUUCCGAUGACGAUGGACGGCGAUCUCGACCCGCUUGGAUUUGUACGAGCGAUGGAAAACGACUUCAUAGGCCGCAACUGGAACGAGAAUUGGUGGGACAUUGGUGAUACUGUGAAUGACGUGUUGAGCCAGGUCAACAGCAGGCAGCUCUAUCGAUGCCAACACCAAACACUUGACGAGACGGAUCUACUUACAUACUGACAUUGUGUCGGUAUCAGAGAAAUGUGUUUGCGACAAAAUUGUCCUAUGUGUACUCCAUAGUGCGGAGCCGGUACUCUGGAAUGUUUUGUCGGGUUACAGCCAGUGCAUCGCUCACAUUAUGUUCCCACAAGGCCUUAACACAGGGCCGCUGUCAAAAAGUAUUCGGAUUCAUCUUGUUCGGAAGCUUGUCAUGGCCUUCAACUCUCGUGAAGAGUCAAAUAGAGU